GUAAUACAUCUUUUGAUGCUCCUGUAAUUCACGUCUACAAGGGACGCCACCUCGCCUGAUUGAGUUCUCGAUGGAGGAAUUAAGGCAAGCAACGAACAAUUUUGACAUGGCUAAUACUAUUGGGCUUGGAAGUUACGGAGUAGUUUAUACUGGGCUGAUCGGAGACAAGAUCGUUGUGAUCAAAAGGGAGUGGUGUGGUCUCCAACCUAGAUUCUUGGCUGAGGUUUCUUACAUGUCUAAAAUCCAACAUAGAAAUUUGGUUAAUCUGCUCGGUUAUUGUUGCGACGACGAGAACCAAUUGCUCGUCUUUGAGUAUAUGGUCAACGGUAGCGUGCGAGAUUAUCUAGAUGCCUCUAGGGACUUAACAUUCAAGAAAAGGAUUUCCAUAGCUCUUGAUGCAGCCAAAGGGUUGCUACACUUGCACAACUUAGAUCCUCCGGUACAACACAAGAGAUUUACGACGUCUAAAGUUUUGCUUGAUGCCGACCUCAAUGCCAAGGUAUCAGAUCCAGGAAUGUUGGGACUGCUUGAAGCACGUGAUCUUCGUCUAGUUAAUCCAAGAGGUGGUUUAGCGGAGACCAUUGAUGUUUUUAGCUUCGGGUUGUUCCUUCUAGAGCUUAUCACCGGUGAAAAACCUGAUGUGUUUGAAUCAAACGAAGAAAUUGUUCAAUGGAUACUUCCGAGAAUGUUCACUAGAUCAUCGUUCAAGCCUUAUAUGAAGAUUACGUUGGAAUGCUUGAAUUAUCCCGCAAUAGAUCGCCCAAAGAUGGAUGUGGUUGUGACCGAGCUUGAGACGAUUUACCAGAAUGAAGUCUUCAGUGAAGACCGUGGGGUUGCUCUAGGAAGUGAGCUUUUUAACAUUACCAUUGAGUAAGAGUGAGACAUGAUGUUGUUGUUUCAGUCUAUUUCGAAAUCCUAUAAAAGGCUAUAAUAAAAGAUUUCGAAGAUUUCAAACAAAAUCCAAUUUGGGUCUUGUAGACUCGCAGUGAAUGAGACUAAAACCGGUUUAGCCAAUACAAACCACUAUUAAACCGUACCUGAUUAGA